AUCAGGUUAAUCUAUGUUGCCAUAAUCCUUGAGUUGCUGUCAUUUGCAGCAGAGGAUGAGUUGUAGGUGAGCAGUAUAUGCGAAGUUUGUCAUUUUUAGUGAUUCAAAUUUCAUGGAAAUGAUGGCUAGGCGGAGUUUAGGAUAUGGCAGGUACCUAAUCUAUUUCAGGAAAAACUUAUGGAGGAGACAAGGUAUUGAGGAAGGUUUGCUAUUAUGGUCUCAAACAGUAGCUACUAAAAUGUAUAAAAGUGGAGUCAUAGCUUUUGUUAAUGUAAGCUUCUUAGCUCGUAUUGUUUAAUGACAAUAUUCAAAUCUCAAGGAAUGAGUCCUACAGACGUUGCAGCUAGAAAGUACUUAUCCCUCAAGGACGGUAGAUUGGAAAGGGGUUCUGAGAAGAUGCAAGGGUGGGAAGGAUGGAGUUACGAGGUUAAGAAUUGUCUUUGUUGUUGCUGUCUGCACCUUGUGACUGGGGAGGAACAGAAGAGCAUUGGUAUAUGAAGCAAUUGAUGGUACUGCUCUUGUUCGGUUAAUAGUUUAUUAAUUUUGGUUAUAGAUGAGUUUACUCUAAUGCUGGGAAUGCCCAGUUGAAUACAUAUAAUUGCCCUCCUUGGGGAUUUUUGGGAAUGAAAGAACUUGCACAUU